CUUUUGUUUUGUUUGUUGCAACUCGUGUCACUUCCUCCACCUUCUUCACAUCAUUGGGCCGACUCUUUUGCCUCUUAACUUCUUCAUCUCCUUUCGGCAUUAUAUCACUUCUUCUACUAGCUGUGUUACUUUCAACGAAGACUUUCUUUCACUUAGCAAAUCAAAUCCGAGCCAAAAUUUAUAGCGAAACCGGAUUAAGAAUCUUGCCUUUUAAGGAGAAACACUGCAUGCAGACAAUGGGGAAUACGAAUUCGAUGUGUGGGCUAAAAAGGUUUUCGAACUACAAGAAGUCUCCGAUAGAAAAGCAGAUCUUUGCAUCCGUUUCAUAUGAGGAUUUGGUUGAGCUUGUUGGCAAAGAAAGGAAGUUCGAUUUGCUUGUCAUUGGCUUGCAAGAGGCUCCUAAAACAAACGUUGAUCAACUUUUGCAAACAGCUUCAUCUCCAACACACGAGCUUCUUGGGAAGGCGAAAUUGCAAUCAAUCCAGUUAUAUUUGUUUGGGCCAAAGAAUUCACAUACAUUAGUAAAAGAAUUAAAGGCAGAGAGACAUUCAGUAGGAGGAUGUGGAGGUUUAAUAGGAAGAAAAAAAGGAGCCGUGGCUAUUCGUAUUAACUACGAUGAUAUCAAAAUGGUUUUUAUCUCUUGCCAUCUCUCUGCUCAUGCAAAGAAAGUGGAUCAAAGAAAUACAGAGUUAAGACAUAUAGCAAAUUCACUAUUACCAAGAGAAAAAAGGAAACGUGACCUCACUGUUUGGCUUGGAGAUCUAAAUUACAGGAUCCAAGAUGCCUCUAACCGUCCUGUUCGAUCUCUUAUCCAAAACCAUCUUCAAUCUGUUCUUGUGAGUAAGGAUCAACUCUUACAAGAAGCAGAGAGAGGCGAAAUAUUCAAAGGUUACUCUGAAGGAACUUUAGGGUUUAAACCGACCUACAAAUACAAUGUAGGAAGUAGCGACUAUGAUACAAGCCAUAAGAUCAGGGUUCCAGCUUGGACAGAUAGGAUCUUAUUCAAGAUUCAAAAUACUGAUAAUAUUCAAGCAACUCUUCACUCUUAUGAUUCCAUAGACCAAGUAUAUGGUUCCGAUCAUAAGCCUGUCAAAGCGGAUCUUUGCUUGAAGUGGGUCAACAAUUAAAUAGAUGCAUAAAAUUUAUGAAGGAUA